UUGUACAAUAACUUCGUUGUAUCGAACGUUUACUAGUCAAUUAUUUCUCUAGUCUUACUGUUAUUUGUGUAGUGUUGUGAAAGUUUGUACCGGUCAUGUCUUUUGGUGGAAAUGGAAUGAAAUGAAGGGAAGAACCACGCGAAUACCGAAGAUAUUACCAGUUGUAGUGGGAAAAAUAUUUUUACGUUGGAUUUUUACCAAAGCUGAUCUAUUGUUCUUCAUAUAUCGUGUUUUUUGGUAUGCGUUUAAUACCCGGUCAUCGAUGAAUAGCAGUGUAGACUUCUUCGAGAGUCUCAUCGACGAAGAUGGACGUUUCGCGGAACUUAACUGUCAAGAGCCGUCGCAACGCGGUCAACGGCGACGGACUAACAAUACAGUACAACGAGUGAGACCCUUGAACCAAGCCGAAAACAUCAACAAUGGAGGUGGUUUAUCCCUUUCACCUCCUCAUACAAUAUCUCAACGUGAGACGGGAACUCAAGUUUCCCAAUGCUACAGUGGACCUCCUUCCCCAUGUGGAUCGACAAGUUCAACACCGUCACCUACUAUAUCACCGGCACCUCCCCCUGGAACCGCGACGCUUGACCCCAACUGGCAAGCAACCAAGCCCACGGUCAGAGAGAGAAAUGCGGCAAUGUUUAAUAAUCAAUUAAUGGCUGAUAUCACAUUUGUUGUUGGAGGGCUAGGGCACACACAAGUUAUACCUGCACAUAAGUAUGUUCUGGCGACUGGUAGCUCAGUAUUUUACGCUAUGUUUUAUGGUGGUCUAGCAGAAUGCAAACAAGAAAUAGAAGUACCUGAUGUUGAACCCUCAGCAUUCCUUACAUUACUAAAGUAUUUAUAUUGUGAUGAAAUUCAAUUAGAAGCUGAUACAGUGCUAUCGACACUAUAUGUUGCUAAAAAAUACAUUGUUCCACAUCUUGCGAGAGCCUGCGUUAAUUAUUUGGAAACCAGUCUAACGGCAAAAAAUGCCUGUUUGCUGUUAAGCCAGUCUCGUUUAUUUGAAGAACCAGAACUUAUGCAAAGGUGCUGGGAAGUAAUUGAUGCACAGGCUGAGAUGGCUCUUACAUCUGAAGGUUUUGUGGACAUUGAUGUGUCUACUUUAGAAUCGGUAUUGGCAAGAGAAACUCUCAACUGCAAGGAAAUAAAUUUGUUUGAAGCAGCUUUAGCAUGGGCCCAUGGUGAAUGUCUGAGAAGAGAAAUAGAUGUUACACCAUCAAAUAAAAGAGCAAUGCUUGGUAGUGCCAUUUAUUUGAUCAGAUUCCCAACCAUGACAUUGGAAGAAUUUGCAAACAGUGCAGCACAAUUGGGCAUUCUAACACCUCAAGAGACUAUUGACAUUUUUUUACAUUUUACUGCAUCAAGUAAACCAAUAUUGUCUUAUCCUGUAAAAGCUAGGGCUGGACUUAAAGCUCAGAUUUGUCACAGAUUUCAGUCUUGUGCAUAUAGAAGUAAUCAAUGGAGAUAUAGAGGCCGCUGUGACUCAAUUCAGUUUUGUGUUGACAAGAGAAUAUUUGUUGUUGGAUUUGGACUUUAUGGCUCAUCAAAUGGUGCUGCUGACUACAAUGUCAAAAUUGAAUUGAAACGGUUAGGAAGAGUAUUAGCUGAACAUAAUACCAAAUUCUUUUCUGAUGGCUCAAGUAACACUUUCCAUGUAUACUUUGAAAAUCCAAUACAAAUUGAACCAGAAUGCUUUUACACCGCAUCAGCAAUACUUGAUGGGAGUGAAUUGAGUUACUUUGGACAAGAAGGCUUGAGCGAAGUUUAUAUGGGAACUGUAACAUUCCAAUUUCACUGUUCAUCUGAGAGUACAAAUGGGACAGGAGUUCAAGGUGGUCAGAUACCAGAACUCAUAUACUAUGGUCCAACAGUAAACACAACAAUGGCCAAUACAAAUACCAAUGAGGACUGACACUUGAGUAGACUGGGACCUUUUAACUAUUACUCAGUAUGAUGGUGACACUUGACAAAAUGCUAUUAAGGUGUUAUAAUAUUCAUAAAGAUUAAGUCAUUCCCAUGUUAAAUUAUUUUGUUGAAUAAAAAUCUUGUGUAUAUUGUUGAAAAUGAAUAGCAGUUAAGUACCUAUGAAUGUGAUAUGGGUGUUGUAAAGCUCUCUAGAUAUUUGUAGAUGUAGAAAAUUAGUAAUAUUUGCACCAGUUCAUUGCAAUAAAUUAAAAUAGCU